GGUCGAAUCAAAAUUCAAGCUCAGUCCUCGCAGCGACUUUGCGCUAAUCGGACGCUUUGCGCAAGAACAAGAAUCGAACAAACACAGUUGGCCAUGAAGAGUUUCCUAGUUCUGUUGGGUGCGGUGUUGAUAGCCAUCCAAGUAGGUGGCACGCGAGCAGCGGGCAACGAUGACGGUGAGCUGAACCCGUCCAAGGUGGCGUUGCUCCCGAAGGAGUGCGGCGUAACGAAGCUGGGCAAAACGGGCAACGCGACCAAGAGUUUGGCGUUCGAGUUUCCGUGGAUCGCUUUGGUGCGGUUCAACAAGACCAGGAGGCCGGCGACCUGCUUGGGAUCGCUGAUCAACCGGCGUUACGUGCUGUCCGUUAUCGGGUGCAUCCGGAAGACCAAGAAGGAUCCUGACUACGUCCGCCUCGGCGAACAGCUUGAAGGGUCCGACCGCGACUGUAACGUCUUCACGGACAAGGCCACCGGCAAGCAGGUCCAGGAGUGCGCCGGCCCCGUCCUGGACGUCCUCAUCGAGUCCUACGUGUUCCAUCCGGAGUUUGACCAACCCAUGUACACCAACGACCUGGCCCUGAUCCGGAUGGCCCACGAGGUCGAGUACAACGACUACAUCCGGCCAAUCUGCCUCCCGACAACCCCCGAACUACGUGCCAACGUCCCCCGCUUCCUGGUCAUGCCGGCCUGGGAGUUGGACAUGAACGCCCCCAAUCACUACGUUGGCACCCUUGAAAAAUACUUCGUCGAGAACAUCGACCUGGACACCUGCCAGCGACAGUACGAAAACGCCGGAUUCACGCCGGAAUUUGACGACGGCGAGAAUCGGUUCUGUGCCGGCCAGCAGGGACCGAACUACGUGUGCAGUCGAGUUCCGGGAUCGCCCAUCGGGACCGAGGUGGACAUUGAUGGCGUCCAGCGGCACGUGGAGUUUGCGAUGGCCAAGUUCGCCCCGCUGAACUGUACCCUGCGGCAGACGGUGCCGAUGAUUUCGAUGCGCAUUACCAAGUACAUGAAGUGGAUUACCGAUAAUCUGGAGGCGUAAAAGCGUGGAAUUUAUGGUUUCAAUAAAAAUUGAUGAAGUAAAACAA